AUGACAAAUGCCGCGUACAAAAUGCUUGGAGGAACCGCGUCAAGGUUGCGCCGAGUCCCGAUCCCACUAUCAGGACUCAGUGGCCCCUCCAUCAAUCCGUUAGGAGCAGUCACCCUAGAAGUGAUAAUCGGCCCGGAGAGAGGAAUCAACAAAAAGGUUAUGUCACUAUUUAACAUAGUUGACAUGGAACAAACAUACAAUGCCAUCCUCGGAAGACCUUUCCUUCAUGACUCAGCUGCAGUGACUAGCAUAAGAGCAUUGGCGAUGAAAAUACAAACCGAGAAAGGAGUAGUGACGCUGAGAGGAGAUCAGCAUAUCGCUAAGAAAUGCUACGACGAGUUCGUGGUAUUCCUCCAAGAGAACAAGACCGAGAAGAAGGAAGAAUAG